GGUCGUACUCGGAAGCACGAUUCGCGGCCGUAGCUGGGACGGUUAGUCGUUCCCUGCGGUGUAGGUUUUCUUAAAACGGCUCGUCGCGGAGCCAUUCAGCAGCCAAUAUGUCCAACAGAAAUAACAACAAGCUGCCCAGCAACCUUCCGCAGUUACAGAAUCUGAUCAAGAGGGAUCCGCCGGCCUACGUGGAGGAGUUUCUGCAGCAAUAUAAUCACUACAAGUCCAAUGUGGAGAUUUUCAAGUUACAACCAAAUAAACCCAGCAAAGAACUGGCAGCACUGGUGAUGUUUAUGGCACAGAUUGGUCACUGCUACCCAGAACAUUUAAGUAACUUUCCUCAAGAGUUGAAAGAUCUUCUCUCCUACAACCACACUGUCUUGGACCCAGAUCUUCGAAUGACAUUUUGUAAAGCUUUGAUCUUGCUGAGAAAUAAGAAUCUCAUCAAUCCAACAAGUUUGCUAGAACUUUUCUUUGAACUUCUGCGCUGCCAUGAUAAGCUGCUGCGAAAGACUUUAUACACACAUAUCGUGACUGAUAUCAAAAAUAUAAAUGCAAAACACAAGAACAAUAAAGUGAAUGUAGUGUUGCAAAAUUUCAUGUACACCAUGUUAAGAGACAGCAAUGCAACUGCGGCCAAGAUGUCCUUGGAUGUGAUGAUUGAACUUUACCGAAGAAACAUCUGGAACGAUGCCAAAACUGUCAAUGUGAUCACAACUGCGUGCUUCUCUAAGGUCACCAAGAUCUUAGUUGCUGCUUUGACAUUCUUCCUUGGGAAAGAUGAUGAGGAGAAACAGGAGAGUGACUCGGAAUCUGAGGAUGAAGGACCAACAGCAAGAGACCUGCUAGUGCAGUAUGCCACCGGGAAGAAAAGCUCCAAACACAAGAAAAGGUUGGAAAAGGCUAUGAAAGUGCUCAAGAAACAAAAGAAGAAGAAAAAGCCAGAGGUGUUUAACUUUUCAGCUAUUCACUUGAUCCAUGAUCCCCAAGAUUUUGCAGAAAAACUACUAAAGCAGCUAGAGAGCUCUAAGGAGAGGUUUGAAGUGAAGAUGAUGCUCAUGAACCUCAUUUCUAGAUUGGUGGGAAUUCACGAGCUUUUUCUCUUCAACUUUUAUCCCUUCGUGCAAAGGUUUCUGCAGCCCCACCAAAGAGAAGUAACAAAGAUCCUUCUGUUUGCUGCACAGGCGUCUCAUCACUUAGUACCCCCAGAGAUCAUUCAUUCAUUGCUCAUGACCGUGGCCAACAACUUUGUCACCAACAAGAACUCUGGGGAAGUCAUGACAGUAGGAAUCAAUGCUAUAAAAGAGAUAACAGCCCGAUGUCCUCUAGCUAUGACUGAAGAACUUCUCCAAGACCUGGCUCAGUAUAAAACUCACAAAGAUAAGAAUGUAACGAUGUCUGCUAGAACUUUGAUUCAGCUCUUCCGAACACUGAAUCCUCAGAUGUUACAGAAGAAAUUCCGGGGUAAGCCUACAGAGGCCUCCACAGAAGCAAGAAUACAAGAAUAUGGAGAAUUAGAUGCUAAAGAUUAUAUCCCGGGAGCAGAAAUUCUGGAAGUUGAAAAGGAAGAAGAGAAUGCUGAAAACGAUGAAGACGGGUGGGAGAGUGCCAGUCUCAGUGAGGAGGCAGAUGACGAUGGUGAGUGGGUUGACGUGCACCACUCUUCCGAUGAAGAGCAGCAAGAAAUUUCCAAGAAGCUGAACAGCAUGCCCACGGAGGAGCGGAAAGCCAAAGCUGCCGCUGUCAGCACCAGCCGAGUUUUAACACAGGAAGACUUCCAAAAAAUCCGCCUGGCCCAAAUGAGGAAAGAACUCGACUCUGCCCCUGGGAAAGCCCAAAAGAGGAAAUACAUCGAAAUAGACAGUGAUGAAGAGCCCAGGGGCGAGUUACUUUCUCUUCGGGACAUUGAACACCUUCAUAAAAAGCCAAAGUCUGACAAGGAGACAAGACUAGCAACUGCGAUGGCUGGAAGGACAGACCGAAAAGAGUUUGUGAAGAAGAAAACCAAAAUGAAUCCAUUUUCCAGUUCUACAAACAAAGAGAAGAAAAAAAAUAAAAACUUUAUGAUGAUGCGGUAUAGCCAUAAUGUCCGCUCAAAAAAUAAGCGUUCCUUCCGAGAAAAGCAGCUGGCACUACGAGAUGCACUUUUGAAAAAGAAAAAAAGAAUGAAGUAACCUGGACAAGCAAGUUUCCAUUCCAAGGAAAAUGCUAAAUUUGUGUCAUUACUCUGAGAAUUAAUAAAUCAAGAAUGUUUACAUUAAAAAGUCCAGAAACGCUAUAUGGUGAAGAUGAAAAUAAAUUUGGUAGCAGUUUGGUGUUUUAUUUUGGAGAUGGAUAAUGGCGGUAAUGUUUGAAAUGUAAAUAGCAGUAAUGUUGUAAAAGCAUUUUCAUUUAACAUUGAUGCGAAGAAUAAAUUAUUAAGUGCCUAUAAAUUAUCACCAUAGAUGUAAAAAUGACCAUAAUCCCUCAUUCAAGGCAUUUACAGCCCAUUUGGAGGAUGUAGGGGGCAGGUGUAUAUGUGUAUUUUCAGUGCAAUGUAAAUAGUUCUCUAGUAGAGAUAGGUCUAUAUUUCUGUGGGGUCACAAAGGCCUUAUAGACUAACCCUGCAAGGGACUGGAGUUACAUAUUCUCUAAAAAUAAAACAGGACAAUGUUACAAGAGUAAGAGGUUCUUACUUGUAAAUAGGCUUACCUGCUGAAAACAGGUCCCUGCUGUACAGAUUUUGGGUAGACAAUUUAGCUUUUUUAGUCCAUCCAAAAAUUUAAUAUUUUUUUUUAAUGCCAGGUAAAAACCUCGCUUUUUAUAUUGCCUUAAGUAUAAAUAGUAAUCUUGGAGUGCUGUUAUCAUUUGGACUACUCGCUCUGCCAUAGAGGAAAAAGAAAUGAAAUUGGUUUCCUUCUUUUUUCAUCCUGUAAUAUUUUCAGUCUUGUGUUCAUAAAAAGGUUUCUAAUAUUGAAUAGUACUCGUGUGUGUUGAGCAGCCAUGCCGGUAUCCCCGCCACAGGCGUGCUUGAGUGGACUUAGGGGACAUGAAAGCGUGGUCAAUCUCUGUUUGCAGGUUGUUGCAUUUGGAAAGUUUAGAUUAAAGUAAAAAGCAGUUUUCUGCCUACUCUGAAUUAGAAAGCAGCUUCUAAAACUAUUUUUUUCCCUUUCUAGUAUCUGUUACUCACUUUGUAAGUUCAACUUUAGAUUUAUCUGAAUGAAACUGUGUGACUGGGGAUUAGUUUUGAAGACCUUGAGGUUUAAUGAUUAAAUUACACUGGCCUAGUGCAGAGAGCUGUCAGAGUUAACCUCAGCAACUGCAGUGUUUCACAGAAUGUGUCUGAUGCAAAUUUGAAUGAUCCAGACUGGAAACUUCCCUCUUUUUUUUUUUUUUGCACUUUUGAACUGAGUGUCUCAUGUGUCUAGCUUCAGAGUAGGGUAAAUAAAAUCAAAAUGGCAUAGCAGUGAGGUCCACAGCUUUGCUGCAUGAAUUGUGAUGGUGCCUGAAAUCUCAUCCUUCACUAGACUUUCCCACCACACUUAGAUGCCAAGAGACAAAGUCCAGUCUGUGUUCUAAUUUGCGUUCUACUGUGGCUUCACCCUGCUCUUCACUGAACUUUAUACGCGUAUAAAGCAAGAGAGAAAAGUAUCUGGCUUACAAAGGUGCAGUCUUAACUGUGUUUUAUUUCUUUAAUCCCAUGGUACCUUAUUUCUGUAUGGUCCCUUUUACUAUUUUAUAAAUCUCUUGGGAAUAUUUUCUGUUUACUAUAAAUUUGAAGAUCACAUUCUCACAAGGUCGGAUGCUGCCAGCAAAGGCAGAGGGAGUGACCUUUCAGGGUGACUUACCUUGUGGAAGUCACCAGAGUCUCAGCUUCAGCUUUUCAGUCUCAAAUUUCUGUCAGCACUGAGAAUGGUUCCAUUUCUGGGAUGAACUCUCAUUGUCCAAGUUCAUAAUAUAAAUUAAGUGAUGUAUAAUCUGGAAUGCUGACGUAUUAUGUAUGUGAUUUUAGCAUGUUCCAUUUGAAAAUAAGCACAAAAGGCAGAGUGUUACCUACCAUAUCUCCAAUGCUUUGAAACAUGACCUACCUCAUUGAUUGUUUUUGAAAGUUUUGAGAACUAGUAUUUAUAGGAACCUACCAUAGUAUUUGCCUCAAAGUAAGCAUCAAGUAAAUUUCUCACCAAAGGUUAGAUAUCAAUUAAGUUUUUAUUUUAUCUUUUGCUUAAUUUACUUGAAAUGACAAUUGCAGUUGCUACAAAUAUUUUUUUUACUCCACAUCCAUUGUGGGCGACCUAAUUUGAAAUACAAAAAUGUGUAUUGAAUGCUUACUAGAUGCAAAGCGCCCUGCUAGAUGCUGUGUGGGUUGCAAACACAAUGUUUGUGCCAUUUAGAAACGUUGACUCCAGUGAAAGGAAUAGACUUACAAAAUGACUGUCUAAUACAAAGCCACUUGUAGAGAGCUAUCAGAAAGGCACAGAGUCUAGGACGUGGGCAUCCUGAAGAAGGGAGAGUUCAGCUGGCAGGAUGGUGGAAUGCCUGUUCGCUAACAGACUGAUGCUUAGGAUGAACAGGGCAGCAUAGGAAAUACAUUCCUGAAUCAUAAAAGAAAAAGUUAUGGUUUAAAAACUGGUACAACUUUUUAAAGGUUAUGGUUAAUACAAAUUUUGUUUUCAUUCAUAUUGUAAUUCUUUGAAAAUGUAUGAUCUGUAGAAUGUUGUAUGGCAACUAUUAAUCAAUACAGUUUAAUCAGUUGGAAUAUUUUGUUUUUCAAACUAUUUUAUGUAAGCAUUUUUUUAAAAACUGUUCUGCUAAGUGACAUCCUUCCAUUGUAUAUAAAUAAAACUAAAAAUUAACUUGUUUACAUAUUUUUUUAAAAUAUUGAAUAUGAAUAGAAAGGUAAGUUACUGACAUGGAUCCUUUUCUCUUUUAAAAGGAAAUAACUUUCAGUACAGUUUUUGGUCUGUACUUGUUUAAAAUGAAAAAAAAAAUAGCACAGUUAACCCUGUGCUAUUUAAAUACCAUAUAUUUGUAUAGGGCACACCUUAUGUGGUAAUUUUAUUUCCUUCUGCAAAUUCUGCUUUCAUUGUUUUGUCAAUUUGAUCUCAAUAUGGAAGUGGUUUAUGGUUUAUCCAUCUGGUGGAAUAUUAUGUAGCCAUUAAAAUGUUUAUAAUAGACAGUGCUUGUAAGUGAACAAAACAGUAUUUAUAGUAUAAUUUAAUUUACACAUGGGAGAACAGGGAACAAUAAAAGUCCCAGAAAUAUGCCAGAUAUUAAACAUGGUUUUCUUAGGUGUUGGAAUCAUGUGAGCGGUUUUUUUUCUUUCUACUUU